AUGGCACAGAACGUGUAUGGUCCUGGAGUGCGGAUGGGCAACUGGAACGAAGAUGUCUACCUGGAGGAGGAGCGCAUGAGACACUUUCUAGAGAAGAGGGAAAAGGGAGAACUUCUUAUUCAGAGAAACAGAAGACUGAAGAAGAACAUUUUGAGACCGAUGCAGCUUUCGGUAUCCGAAGAUGGCUAUGUCCACUAUGGCGAUCAAGUGAUCCUUGUCAAUCCUGACCAUGUCCUGGGGGAGGAAGCUGGUGCGUUUAUGAGAGGAAACCUGAGCCUGUGUAUGAGCCCAGACGAAGUUAAAGCACAACUUAGUGACGACUUAGAGAUACCCUGCGGUGUGAGUGCUGUGCAGACCACCGUCCCGAUGGGCAGAAACACCUUCACUAUUUUGAGCGACAGAGCUAACAGCUGCGAUGUGGGCCAAGUGGUUGUAUACGGGCAGAGCUUCUGUCUGGGGAUAACAGCGGGACUGGAAGGCAAGAUGCUGUAUCUAACAAGUGACCACAGGAACCUCAUGAAGUCUUCUGUGAAGUCCUGGCUCCAGGAGGUGACUCUGACAGAUGAGGUCACCCAUCUGAACUGCUGGCAGGCUGCCUUCCUCGACCCCCAGCUGCGCCUGGAAUAUGAGGGCUUCCCAGUGAGGGCAAAUGAAAAAAUUGUCAUCUAUCAUCGUCACACAAACCGAGCCCUGGCGGUCCACCGGAAUCUCUCCUUAAGGACCUACUUUGGGAAGGAAGUUGAGAUUGCAGCUCACACACAUAUGGAUUCACACAAAGUUGAAAAACCCAAGAACCACUGGAUGCUGGUUACUGGCAAUCCCAGGAACAAGGCGAACACCAUGCUAGACAUCUCCAGACCCAUCGCAGAGGAUACCUGUGCCAUGCAGCAGGCCAUGGGCUUCAAAACAUAGAGACAUACCAGGCAU